UUUGCAUUUGCAUUUGCAUUCUGUCAAUGGCUGCUACUUCAACAACAAAUGACAACACGAGAAAGAAGGUUAGUAGUAGCUAUAUACCCCAUGACAUUUCCUUCUCUAUUCUCUCUAAACUUCCUAUUAAAUCUCUUAAGCGUUUUUCUUGCGUUCACAAAUCAUGGUCUCUUAUAUUUGAAAACCCUAAUUUUAUGAAUAUGUUUCGCAACAAUCUUAUAUCCAAAUCCCAUCCACUCUACGACGAUGCAUGUCUCGUUUUAAACCAGUUUCUAGGUCCUUACGAUUGGAACGUUUAUUUGCUUUCUGGAGAUAAGUUUGAGAAUAAAGUAAAAUUGGAUUUACCACAUUCAUUUCACAUUCCAGGCUUUGGUUUUACUCCUAUUCGUGUUCUUGGUUCCGCUAUUAAUGGCAUUUUUUGUAUCUAUGACACUGAUGAUCGUGGAACUGCUCUAUUAUGGAACCCUGCCAUUGAGCAAACAAUUGUCAUUCCUCCUAGUCUUGCUGAAUUUGAUCCCGAGUUUAUCACCGAAGUUUUUCCUCAUGGAUUUGGCUAUGACCAUGUUGGUGACGACUAUAAAGUCAUCCAACUAGUGUGUUAUACUGCAUCUAUUGAAAAUCCGCCUAACGGCUUCUGGGAGAUAUAUAGUCUAAAAAGUAACUCAUGGAGGAAAAUUGAUUUUGAUAUGCCAAUUUAUUACAAUAUUUAUAAUGAUGUGUACUUUAAUGGGGUGUGUCAUUGGUUGGGAGAGGAAACAAAUAAUUUGGUGUCAUUUAACUUGUGUGAUGAGGUUUACUUUAACACGCCUUUACCUUUAGAAGAUAAUGAUGGUUUUGAAGUUAAACUUACGGUGUUAAAUGGGUUUGUUGCUGUUGUAACUAAUCCUAAAAGGAUCGCGUCUUUUCAAAUAUCAAUUUUGGGUGAAUUUGGUGUUAAGGAAUCAUGGAUUAAACUCUUAGAUGUUGAACUCUUGUCUUGCAUUGAUAGUCCUAUCGGAGCAGGGGAGAAGGGAAAUAUAUUCUUCAGUAACAUAGAUAAUGAACUAGCUUGUUUUGAUUUAACUACUGGGUUGAUUGAGGAUAUUGGUUUUAGAGGAGAUGAGUUUUGGUGUCAGAUGUUAAUUUACAAGAGAAAUCUUCAUCCGAUUGGAGAAAUAAACAACUAAUUUCUUUUUCAGCAUAUGCGUGAAAUUUUCGCACUUGAGGUUUGUA